AUGAGAUCCCUUUCGUGCGCCAUGAGAGAUCGACAGCUCAACCUGAUCCCGUUGGUUCUCAUCCUCGUCAUCGGGAGGUGCAUAGCGCACCCACGUUCCGCACCUCGCCGCGUACUCGCAGCCACUGGCAGCAAUGCCAGCCCGUCUGACGAGGCAUCCGAGGGCCGCCCAAACGAUUUGAACGAUGCUGUCGCAUGGAAGGCCUCUGCUCAUGCGGCGCCUCUCGACGACUCCAACGCCGAGAUGAAGCUGGCUGCGCCCCUAUUCGCCAACCAUCAUCGCGCCGUAAACGCCUGGGCAGCGCGCACGAAUUAUCGCGGCGGUUCAACCGCUGCUCCCAUGACGAAGCGCCGAUUUGCCAGCGGUACUUUCCGCAUGGCCGGUCGCAGCGACAUGGCGAUUCGCCAUUACAGUUCUCCGCCGCGCCACGGAAGGGGCGGCGGCAUGAACGGCGGUGGAGUUCGCCCUGGUGGAGGAGCGCAGGUCGGAGCGCAAUAUGUGACUCACGGCAGCGCACAGCAGCAUCCAUCGAGGGGCGGCACGACCCACCACCUGAAGCGCAAUGCGCCGCGGCAGCAGCACGUGGGGUUCCACCAGACGGCGGAGAAGGAGGUGUCGCUGCGGCACACACUGAGUAAUGGUGAUAACUCUGCCCGGCUGGGCAAGGACAGCAUGAAACACGGCGUGAAUGGCGACGGCAGUGGCGACGGUGGUGAUGCGAGUGGUGAUGCCGCCGAACCGUCAGCGACUUUCUCCGUGACCGAAUUCGGUGGCGGCGGCGGCGGCUCGAGCGACGACUCAAAGGCCUUCGCUGCAGCGUUCACAGUGGCUUGCAAGAAAGCCUCGUCGUCCGACAAAAAAUCCAGGGUGGUGGUUCCGUCAGGACAGACGUUCCUCGUGAAGCCGGUGGUGUUCGAAGGGCCGUGCGGGCCGGGCGUGCAAUUCACAAUCGACGGAACCAUUGUGGCGCCGGGUGAUCCCGGGGAGUUCGACAACCCCGGGUCAGGCACGUAUGGCGUGCUGAAUUUCCGUGGCAUCCCGGGCCUGGAGAUCGUGGGCGGCGGGCUGGUGGAUGGGAACGCGGAGGCGUGGUGGAAGAAGGGCGGCGACGAGCGGCCGCAGAACAUCGUGAUUGUGGAGUGCCACCGCGUGCUGGUUACUGGCAUCACCUCCAAGGACCCCGCGUUCAAGCAUCUGUUCCUCUACAAGAACAAUGGCGUGACUGUCCGCAGCGUGACUACAUUGAGCCCUGAGGAGAGCCCGAAUACGGACAGCCUUCAUUUGUCGUACGUGCAAGACGCGCUCAUCGAGAACUGCGAGUUUUCGGGCGGCGAUGACAACGUGGCAAUCAUCAACGGCACGUCGCGCGUGCUCAUUCAAAACAUUGUUGGCAACUCCGGCCACGGCAUUAGCAUUGGAAGCCUGGGGAAAGAUGAAGACAUUAGCUGUGUUUCGGACAUAACAGUUCGAAGGUCCAUCCUUCGCAACACUGCCAAUGGGCUUCGCAUAAAGACGUGGCAGGGCGGCAAGGGGACAGCCAGGAAGAUCCAUUUCGAGGACAUGAUUCUCGAAAACGUUGGUCACCCUAUUCGCAUCGACCAGUUUUACUGCAACAGCGAGUCCUCUCGGUCAUGCGGCACCUCCCACGACGCUGUAGCGAUUUCAGAUGUCACGUUUAAAAACGUUAAAGGGACGACUUCUAAAGGGGAAGGGAUCAAGAUUGACUGCUCCGACACAGUCCCCUGUAGCAACAUCCUUUUAUCGGACAUCAGCAUUCAGCCAGUCGAAGGCGGAGAGCAAUUGCAGCCGUUUCUCAAUAGCGCGUAUGUGAGUAUAGAGGGGCCAGUUGUGCCAGAACUGAAGGACGUCAAGAGCAGCCUAAGCCCCGGCCUGCUUUCAGCGAUAGAGGAGAUGCAAGGGUACUGCUAA